GGCGGCCUCCAGGGCCCCGAGCCUAGAAAAUGAAGCUAAAGGAAAUUGAGCGAACUGCUGUAGAAGCGUGGAGUCCUGCAAACAACCACCCCAUUUAUCUAGCAACAGGAACAUCUGCCCAGCAACUGGAUGCAUCCUUCAGUACAAAUGCCACCUUGGAAAUAUUUGAAGUUGACUUCAGGGAUCCCUCUCUGGACAUGAAGCAGAAAGGAACGCUUCCUGCCUCAAACAGGUUUCAUAAGCUGAUCUGGGGUAACUUUGGAAAUGGGUCCCCAGAGUCCUCUGGAGUGAUCGUCGGUGGAGGGGAAAAUGGUGUACUGACAAUGUACAGUGCACACCGGAUCUUGGCUUCAAAGAGUGAUCCUGUAAUUGGGCAGACAGAGAAGCAUUCAGGGCCUGUUCGAGCUCUUGACUUCAAUCCCUUCCAGAGCAAUCUUUUGGCUUCUGGAGCCAAUGAUUCUGAAAUUUUCAUCUGGGACUUGAAUAACUUCAGUGUGCCUAUGACUCCAGGGACUAAAUCACAGCCUCAUGAAGAUAUCAGUGUGGUGUCUUGGAAUCGGCAGGUGCAGCAUAUUCUGUCCUCUGCUCACCCCAGUGGCAAGGCAGUGGUUUGGGACCUCAGGAAGAAUGAACCUAUCAUCAAAGUCAGUGACCACAGUAACAGAAUGCAUUGCUCAGGAAUGGCCUGGCACCCAGAAGUUGCAACCCAGCUAGUUCUUUCCUCUGAGGACGACCGCUUGCCAGUGAUCCAAAUAUGGGACUUACGUUUUGCUACCUCACCUUUGAGCCAGCUGGAAGGACAUACUAGGGGAAUUCUGUCUGUCUCCUGGUGCCAGGCUGACCCUGAAUUGCUGUUGAGUAGCGCCAAAGACAACCGGAUCUUGUGCUGGAACCCAAGUACAGGGGAGGUGGUUUAUGAGUUGCCCAUUCGUAGUCAGUGGUGCUUUGAUGUCCAGUGGUGUCCUAGGAACCCUUCAGUCUUCUCUGCUGCCACUUUUGAUGGAUGGAUUAACAUUUACUCUGUUAUGGGCGGGAACUUAGAAGCUCAGCAGAAGACACAGGCUGACAAGAUCUCUUCCUCCUUCAACAACCUGGAUCCGUUUGGCACAGGACAGACCCUUCCUCCUUUGCAAGUGCCAGAGCAAGUAGCUCAAACCACCUUGAUUCCACCAUUAAAAAAGCCACCCAAGUGGAUUCGCAGGCCUGUGGGUGUUUCGUUUGCAUUUGGAGGAAAACUGAUUACCUUUGGUCUUACCAAAGCUUCUGGGCAGCAAGUACAGCAGACUUACCCCCACCAAGUUUUCAUCAGUCAAGUCACUACUGAAACUGAGUUUCUGCUUCGGUCCAGAGAACUGCAGAUGGCUCUGCAGUCAGGAAACCUCCUUGAUUACUGCAAGGGCAAGAUCCAGACAGCCAAGUUGAAGUACGAGGAGAACCUGUGGAAGUUCCUAAAGGUGAACCUGGAGCAGGAAUCUAGGACUAAACUCCUCAAGCUGCUGGGCUACAGCAAAGAAGACCUGCAAAAAAAGAUCACUUUAUGUUUGAGUAAUGGAAUCCCAGAUAAACAGCCCCUUCUUGAGACAGAUGAUACAAACGCUGCACAACCAGAUCAGCUUUUGAUAAAUUCCAGUGAUGUAGCUGCUGUUCCCUCCUCUUCAGCCUUUUUUGACAACCUCAUCCCACAGAAUAUGAGCAUGUUGGAGAUUCCUGUCACAGAAGAUACUGAUGGACUGAUCAGCCAAGCUCUUUUGUUGGGAAAUUUUGAGGGAGCUGUGGAUCUGUGCAUGCGGGCAGAGCGAUUUGCUGAUGCCAUCAUCUUAGCUAUAGCUGGUGGGGAGAACCUCCUAAAGGAGACCCAGAAGCGCUACUUUGCCAAGCGGAAGACAAAACUCUCCCUGCUAGUUUCCUCCAUUGUGCAGCAGAAGUGGCAAGAUAUUGUUCGUACAUGUGAUCUACAGAGCUGGAAGGAGGCACUGGCCAUCUUGUUAACAUACUCAAAGCAUGAGGACUACACUCAGCUCUGUGACAUGCUGGGUUCCCGCCUAGAGUUGGAGGGAGAUGCAGCCCUGUCCAAUGAUGCCUGCCUUUGUUAUAUCUCAUCAGGCAAUGUGGAGAGGUUGGUGGAAUGCUGGGUAAAAAACCAUGAGACUUCAUCACCCCUUGCCUUGCAGGAUCUCAUAGAGAAAGUAAUGGUGCUGAGCAGGUCCAUUGAGAUGCUCCGAGGCACAGCAGAACCAGCGCCAGGCCCUGUCUUGGCAGAACAAAUCACCCAGUAUGCCAGUCUUCUGGCAUCACAAGGAUGCUUGGCAGCUGCAAUGAAUUACCUACCCAACAGCUCUAAAGAGCUCCUGAUCGAACAGCUCCGAGAUCGACUCUUCCACGCUCAAGGAGAGAAUGUGGGAGAUCAGCCACCACCACCUUUCCCCUACGCUCGUGUCAAUGUAGGUGUCAUGAAGCACACAUCUCCAGCAGCCCAGAAGGACACCACCCCUGAAGGAGUGGCACACAGAGCAGAUCGCAGACAUCCAGAGAAGCCCAACUAUCAGUCAUCAUUUGCCCCUUCAGCACCCGCUCAGCCUUCAGUGCCUUCCUUCUUCCCACCUCAGCCAGUGUCAGCAAUGCCUGCACCUCACCAUAUUGUCCCUCCCCAGACCAGCACUAGUCCACAAACAAGUGUCUAUUCCAGAGGACUGCCAUACCCACAGUAUAAUGUGGGCAUGGUUCCAGCAACAGCUUCAGGGCCAGCUCUGUCACAAUCUCCUCAGCCAUUCAGCCCAGUAGGAGCCAGACCUGUUGGUCCUGCUCCCUUCCCCAGCCAGCCGCCUCUGUCAGGACAGUCCAUGCCCAUGACAUCUCCUGGUGUUCUACCAUCUGGACCUGCUUUGCUCACUCCAGCCUCGAUCCCAUCAUCUCAGCUUCUUGCAGCCUGUCCUCUCCCAGUGGCAAGCCAGUCUCCUCUAGGUUCAUCAGCACCAUUCAGCAGCCCCAUGAACGUGGGUUACCCGCAGGGAGGUCCUGGAGCUCCAUCUACUAAACCUCUGCCAGCAGCCAGCCUUCCUCCUCCUCCCAUAGGUUUCUUCCCUUGGCUAGAUCCCCACGUGGAUCAUGCAGCUCAAGAAUCUUGGACUGAUCCCUCUGCUGCAAGGGGAGGCCUUCAGAAGAAAAAGCUGCCUGAGAAAUUUGCUCCUCUAGCUCCCAUCACAGCUCCAGUAAUGAGCCUGCCCACUGAGGCCCAAGGGAUCCAUCCUCAGCUCUCUAGGUUGCAAGAAUCUGGCCAGUCACCCCCAGGAGCACCCAAAGAAGGCAGCCUGCAGUAUCACCAGCUACCUGCAGAGAGAGUUGAGAAGAAGGAGGUGCCCCCUGAACACCAGGGUCUGAAGACCACACUUGAAGGGUUGGUGCAACGCUGUUCUGCCGUUGCCACCGAUCCAAAAACUCGAAGGAAGCUAGAGGAUGCAUUGCAGCGGCUGGAGACCUUGUAUGACAAACUCCGUGAGCAGGCGCUCUCUCCAGCUAUCCUCAUGGGUCUCCAUGAAAUUGCCCGCUGCAUUGAAGCUAGGAAUUACCAACAGGGUCUCAUGGUUCACACCCAAGUGGUGAGCAGCAGCAGUUUCAGUGAAGUGUCUGGUUUCAUGCCUGUCCUGAAAGUCCUCAUGACCAUUGCUGGCAAGUUGAAUGUGUAACAUGUGGAACAGCUGGUACAGUGCACAUACUGAGCUGGUGGACUCUCUCACCUGUCGAUGUGCUGCAGGUUGUGGACUCUCCUUCCGACUAUGGAGAAAUAAGUCUGCGCCUGGAACCGUGCUGGACCAGCAUGCCUGGCCCCAUCUACUCUCCAGACAGCCAAGAGUCUGGAUAUCCUGGAGACUGCUCUCUGUCUGUUUCUCCCUCCCUCUCUCUAUCUCCCCACACACCCCUCAAGUCCACUUCCCAGCCUAGGGCUCUCAGUUUCAGGUGUCCCGCUAGCACAGAGAUCCCCAAGGACUGCUCUGUGUUAGACUCUCUUUCCCUGUUUCCCAAGCACAAAGGGGAAACUCCUUCCAGGUUACUGCUUUUGUAUAGGAGAUAAACAGCUGACACCUCAGGCUCUACUCCCUGCUGCCUCAGUGACAGCUGCCUCUUUUGGGACCUAAGCUCGGGUGCCUCUGCUCCAUUGGCUGCAGUCAGGAUCUCUCCUCUGGUUCCUCCUUUAUCUUCAUUCUAAUCUUCAACUCAUUUCUUGCCCCUCUGCUCUGAUACAUGCUAUAGCUAAGGUUAUCUACCAGCCUACUCUGGGCUAGCUUUGGUUCUCUCUUUCUUCUUCACCCAAUCCUCUUUUCAUGGAAAGUAAACAGAAGACAGCUUCCUCCAGUAUCCUUUUUCCCCUCCCAUAAGCUGAAGGCUUGAGCCUUUGUUUUAGCACCCCCCUCCCCGCCUUUUCUGGGACUCUCCCAUACAGGAAUGCAAGCAGAUUGGGAUGCUCUGUAUACUCCUCCUCAGAGCCAGCAGCUUUGUUUGGGCUAAAAGCUGCGCUGGCUGGCCUUUUUCACUUCCUCUGUGUUAGCACAGUGGGCUUAUUGCCAACUGAUGUUGUCUAAAGGUUUCCUAACUAGGGAUUUCCAGGCAGUCUUAGGACAUUAGAAGUAACAGAGAUUGUAGAGGUCCCUUAAAGAUCAGCCCAGACUUGAACAGAAGGAUAAGCCUCCUGACACUUCAGUAGUAGAAAUGUGCUGCAGUAGGUGGCAUUGUCAGGUCCCAAGGACACGGCUGUACUGACACUUUCCAUUGCUGUGGCAUUUCCUCUGGGGUAAAAUAAGUGAAUGAAGCGUGCCUAUCCUGUGGAAGAAGUCUGGGAAAGCAGAUGGGAUUUUAGGGCACUUCCAUGUGCAUUUUUCCUUCUGUUCCUCCCUCCUCACCCUCCUCUCUUUCACGCUAACCAGGCAGUGCAGUCCUUGGACCCUAGCUGGGAGCGAGACUUCUUCUCAGUGUUUGGCUGCAGCCAGCCCCUGCUUCCUCUGCUUGCUGCUUGAGUGAUAAUGCCAUCAUGGGUCUGUGGUUCAGUGACUUACACAAUUCAGCCUGCUCUACCAUAAGAUUUAGGAGGGAGAGGGAUCAGAGAAGGGAGGGAGAGGGUACAUCUCAUUCUCUCCUUUCCAGGUCAAAGUGCCUCCUUGUUGCUGCUUUGUUCUGUUUCUAUUACUGCAGUUUGAUGCACUGAGAGAUUACAGAACAGUGAAAUAAAAGCUGCGUUUUGUGAUGCUGCUAGUUUUUUUCAUAGCGUUGAUCUGAAGGCAGUUGCCUGUCGUGUCUGGCUAAGGGGUUGUUCCUUGGAGUUUUCAGGGUCACCCACAGAGUUCUCAGCUUGUGUUGGGGGAGCAGAUUUUGAAUGGUAUGGGGCAAACCAGAUCAUGGGCUCUGCUGGUAUGGGCAGCAAACAUCCUGGUAUGGUGAGAGACUUCAGGCCUUACCUGCUCCUGGGGCUGCAGGGCCAGAGAUCUAUUCUGCAGUGACCGUCCUCAGCUGUGACUAACCAUCUGUGUCAGGCACGGGAGGGUCCAGGAGAUGUCUGGAGUUCCCCUGGGGAAUCACAAUGGUGUUGGGGAUUUUAUACUUUACUUUAGGAGCUGGAAAGGCAUCAGUAAGUAGAGAGCCCUUGAUAAGAUCCUCUCCUGUUGGAAGUCACUGUUAUGCAACUGAAGCAGUUAUGCUUAAAUUAACAUGCUGAUCUGACCUCCUUUGCAGAAAUCAAAUGUAUGCCACUGAACUGUCAAUCUUUGCCUCUAGUUAAUAACUUCUAAAUCUGUUGGCUGAUUUCAGGUAAUCUUUUAAGGAUGUAAGAAGGCUGAAAUGGAACAUCAGUACUGAGAUAAAGUGGAGAGAAUGCUGUAAUCUUUCUAUAUAUAUGCUGCUAGGUGGUUAGCUAGUAUGCUCGUACAGGCCAGCCAUCAGGAGGCAGAAAACCAAAACAUGCAGGGCUGUGUUACACAGCGUGUGGUUGGAGGGCUUCCAAGUAGUAAUGGUUGAAAAAGAUUGGAUGGGAAAAAUUUGAAGACCCAUUGCAGGGAAGGGAGCAGAGCUUUUAGGGUAUUAGAGUGACAGUACGUGCAUUCAGGAAAAACAGCCUUUGUUAUUUCUGCUCCCAGUGUCAGGGAGACUUGCAGAGGUGCAGCAGCCAAGUGGGAGCAGUUAGCAGCCAGUGUUUGCCUCCCAGGUCUCCCCUAUCAGAGAGGUGCAGGCUGAUGAUUAAGGACUGCACUUAUGUUGUGAUCCUUCUGUUGCUGAACAAGCAAGCAGGUAGCCAGAGACAUCCAUUUGCUUAGUGAGUAUACAAGGAAUGUUCUUAGGCAUUUUGAGGUAAUAUAACAAACCUGGUAGUUGGUAGACUCUGCCAGUCUGGACUUCAUUGUAGCUGUGCAGCCCAGCCCUCUUGCUUCUUUAAGUCAGCCUACUUGUAACGCUGAGAAGUAAGGAUUUUUUUCCAUGUGUUUCUUAGAUGCCCUGGACUUCAGUUUCCUCUUGCAUGCACCGCUCCUGCCGCUCAUGGCUUCAUGCAGAGACCAGCUCUUUAUCCUUCCUUUGCUGUAAGUCCUUUCUUGUCCCCUCUGUCCCACUGUUGCUCAGUUCUGCUUCAGAUGAGCUCCAUCCCUAAAAUUUGUUAGGGAAACCAGGCAGUGAGGUGACCUGCUCAGAGUUCCCGGAGAGGUUGGUGGCAGACCUCCAUCUCUGUGACCGUGGGGCUUUCUGCUGCCUCGUAGGUGCCACUGGAAGCACUGGUUCAGUUGCAGCACUAUGGCAGGUACCAGUGUAGCCGUUCUUCCCCCCCAUGUGUGCACAUGCUGCCGCAGCAUCCCUGUGUGGCUCGGCAUGGAAAAAACGUUUUCUGUUGGGUGAUGAGAAGGUUGACAAAGAAUGGGAAGGCAGGAGGAAGGGAUCCCUGGGCUUGGAGAACAGGGCUCUAAUCCUGUUGCAGAUAACAUCAUGUCUGCGGGCUAGGUUUGUGUGUGUUUGGGGGAGCUGCAGGGGCAGAGAUUGUUAGGCAGUAUUUGUUUGUAAAGCCACUUGCUCUGAAGAUAAUGCUUGCACUAACUUCUAUUGAGGGAGCAGUGUGAGUCCCUACAAAGUCCUUUCCCAAAGUGUCUUUGAAGCCAAGAACCCAUUGAAAGGAAGAAAGGCCAAGAGAGGGGAUUAGUUUGUUCAGCAGCUGUGAAUUUCAGUGGGAGGCUGAUGAACUCCAAAGUCUUUGUUGGGAUUUUUUUUGUAUGGAGCCCUGCUGGAGGGAGAGACCCACACGGGGGCCGCGGCCUUAGACAAGAAGGAAUCCGAAGCGGCAGGGAGCUGUAAGCGGGCCACAAGGACUUUUCCCAAACACUUUUCGGAAAAGGUGUUGUGAAGAGAGCGGAGGGGGAUUAGCAUGUGAAAUGACACUUUCCAUUGACUCCGCAGAGGGGAGGGGAAAAGGGCCGGCUGGCUGAUUUAUUAGCAUUUUGUUCCCUUUUCUGUUCUGCUCCCCGGCAGCCCCCCUCCUCCUGGGGACCUCUAAAGAGGUUUGGAUUGGAAAAGGGAGCGGGGGGUGCCUGUUUGUGUGUCAUCUGGGCGAAGGUGACCACCUGGGAAGCUGAAUGUAAAUAUUUCUCCUCUGAGGAAUGCGCCUUCAUUAAACCGAAAUGAAUACAUGGAAGCAUCCAAUCCCACCGCACAAUGGCCGCAGUGCCUUUACUGCUCAGGGCUGCUCUCGCUGGGGAGGGGGACCUCUCCGGGCCCGACCCGCUGCUGAGGUCAGCACAUUUUGCAGCUGCGCCUUCGCCAUUUUGUCCUGCAGGAAGCGAUGCGUGCUGGUGGGGCCCUGCUUGCAGUGCUCCCUGCGUGCUCCUCGCUCCAGGAAUGUGGGGAUGGGGGCCGUUCCCGCAUCACUGUGUCCAGUGGGUGCAUCCCAGCUUAGUCCCCUGCCUGCACGGUGUGCUUGCGUGGGGUGUGGCACACAGUGGCAGUGGGUGCACAGAGAACAAGGAGUGAAAGCUCUGCUCUGUACCUUGCAGCUGUCUUUGGGCCAGCUCUCAGGCAGGAAGCUCUCUGUGGCUCUUUGCUCUCCUGCCCCAGGAUGCAGCCCCAGCACAGGGAAGCAGAGGACAGGGCGGUGGGCCGCAUGAUAACAGGAACCUUUGUGCACGCAGCUGGGGUCGUGUGUGGAGCAGAAGUGUUUCAGCUUUCCCUGAGAAUGGGCUGAGAUGGUUUCUUGAAAUUUGCCGGAUUCCUGCAUGCUGUGGAGUCACUUUCUCUGGUGAGACCUCAGGUUGCCCUGGGUCUGCCCAUCCCCAACUACGUAGCCCAGAAAUGAAGGGAAUAGUUGAUAACUGAGAUUUGUACAGACUGCUGAGUGUCUUCCAUGUGUCUGAAAUGGACAACUAAGCCCCUCUGCCUCCCUCCCACCUCCUUUUCCUCUAGGCUCAGGUAUGUUGCAGGAGAGAGCAAGCCCUCUCUUAUGGUGGUAGGGGCCGAGGUGGGGAACUGAUCAGCUCUUUUUGUGCUGAACAGAUGAGCAAGUGGCUCAGUUGUAGUCUCUAGAGCUGUAGCUGCACGCAUCCACACAUGCAAUUGGACAGACAAAACACCCAGCUAAUCAUACACAACCAAAUUUUGCAAGCACUUGGCUACUGAUUUAUUGCAUUGGCUAUUCCUUUACAAAUAUUGGCUACAAGACAGAUCUAAUGGCCAGUAACUUAACUCUGCUGGCUUCUCAUAUGUCUAAAGAUACUUCAAACAGCAAAUAUAAAUUUACAGCCCCAAGGAGAUCACUGAGGGAGCAGUGAGCUUCCCCUGGGUCUGCAGCUGACACCCUCCUCCCUCCCUGCCUCAGCCACAGCAAGGGAAAAGAGAUGCAUCAACUAAGUCUUCCUGCUGUUUGCUUAGCCUAUAGAAUAUAUACAAUAAGAUGUAGAGGAAAAACUGUUAUGUAUACAUCACAGUAACUGUGCAAUAAAUUAAACUUCAAAGUG